GAAGUAAAGACGUUUGAUGCCGAAGUGGUGCGUUGGAGUGAAGUUCUAGCUAGAGACAAAAUAGUGAGUGAGUGAGUUAGCUUUAGUGGCUAGAGUGGGUGUUAGCUCGGUCAGAAGUGGGCUUAUUUACGCUGCGUUACUAUUAUUCUGACAAGAGAUAAGAGAGUGUAGUGUUUCGAAUACGGUCGUUGUAAAUUAGAAGUUUAAAGCAAAUUCGGCAGUAAUAGUGUCAAAUUGAAAACAAAAAUAAUGUGCCAAUCAAACCUCUAGCAGAGCUGGUGGCGAAACGCGAGUGAAUCUCAAUAAAGAAAAAUGGCACCCGCCAACGUUAUCUAGAGUUGCGAGUGUCUCGUUUCAAAUUCUUCGCGCAUGGUGAUCGUAAACCCACGAGAUCGGCGGUGAUAGAAUACCUGUACCCUAGCUCGUUGUGUGUAGCGCUCCGACCAGAGAUCUCCGAAGCAAGCAAAUAUUUAUUUACCAAAUCGCGUCAAAUCGCGACACAGUUUCCGCCCGCCUGGAUUCCCGACUCACCACCGGCGGCGCGUGUUUGUGUUCGAUCCAGGCUGUGUCGGUGUGCUGUGCUGUUUGUGUUUAUGUUGGUGUGUGUAAGCCGGUCUAGUGCACCCGUCUGAGAACACCGACAAAAAUGGCACCGAUAGGUGACCCUGGAGCGGUGGUGGCGAGUAGCGGCGGUAGAAUCGUUAGUGGCGGCAACAGCAUCAGCAUCAACAGCAGUAGCAGUAACAGCAGCAGGAGUGCUAGUAGUUACAGAAUCAAUAGUGUCAAUGCCAAAUCGCACCUGUUCCGGCCGGGGGCUAUCAUGGCGUUGGCCGUCUGUCUACUGAUUCCCACCGUGGUGGCUUUCAACGUGGAUACCGUGAACUAUGUCCUGCACGAAGGCACCGCCAAUUCGAUGUUUGGAUUCAGCGUAGUACUGCAUCAGGAGCAGCAGAGAAGCUGGGUCAUAAUCGGUGCUCCCACGGCCGAUACGUCCGCCUACCAGGAAGGUGUGGUGAACGGUGGCGCUGUCUACCGGUGUGACAUCUCCGACGACAACCGAUGCAACCUAAUCCCGUUCGACGCCAAAGGAAACUCGUUCAACGAUAAAAACGAACAGGUUGACACCAAGUCGAACCAGUGGUUCGGAGCGACCGUGGCCAGUGCCGGCGUGGAUGGACCUUUGGUGGCUUGCGCCCCGCGGUACGUGUUUCAUCAGCUGCAGCCCCGGAAGGUGGAACGAGUCGAACCGGUGGGGACCUGUUACAUUGCCAGGAACAAUAUGCAACAGUUUGACGAAUAUUCACCUUGCCGAACAAUGUUCUGGGGUUAUCAUCGGCAAGGAUCAUGUCAAGCUGGUUUCAGUGCUUCGCUGACUAAGACUGGCGAUCGAGUGUUUGUGGGUGCACCAGGAAGCUUCUAUUGGCAAGGACAAGUGUAUUCCAUUAAUACCGACGCUGUGUUCCCCUAUAAACCCCCGCGGUAUGGUCAGUUUGGCGAAGGAGGUCAAAUCUACUCCUUCAGCUUGAACAAUCCAAAGGACAAAGUGUACGCUACCAAAGAGAGCACUUCAUCGGAGGAUGAUUCAUAUCUGGGUUAUUCGUCGGUUACCGGGGACUUCAACGGGGAUGGUAACAUGGGCGUAGCAGUUGGCAUGCCCCGAGGUGGCGGUUUACUGGGGAAAGUGGUUAUAUUCUCCUGGAAUAUGACCAAUCAGCAGAACAUCACGGGUGAACAGAUCGGGGCCUACUUCGGUUAUUCGCUUGCUGUGGUUGACGUGGAUGGAGAUAAGCUAGAUGAUCUUAUUGUGGGAGCACCCAUGUACACCGAACCUAAUAAUGAGGGAAAGUAUGAAACUGGACGGGUUUAUAUUAUCUAUCAGGAUAAGGUAAACAAGUUCCAGGAGGUGGAGACUCGAGAUGGGAUUAAUUCUAAAGCAAGAUUUGGACUGUCGGUUUGUUCGCUGGGCGACAUUAAUUUGGAUGGGUUCGGAGACUUUGCUGUGGGAGCUCCAUACGAUGGACCGCAUGGACGAGGAGCGGUAUAUGUGUACCACGGCUCUCCAACUGGACCGCUAGCUAAGCCUUCGCAGGUGAUUAUGGCGGAGGAUAUUUCCGGAGUUUCUCGGAUUUCAACUUUCGGGUUUUCGGUAGCCGGAGGUAUCGAUCUGGAUGGGAAUCAGUAUCCUGAUAUGGUGGUCGGAGCCUACGAAACGGACAAAGCUCUAGUGUUUAAAUCUCGACCGGUGGCCGUGAUGGAAGCCAGCUCCUUGUUUGAGACUGAAAAUAAACUGAUCUCAUUGGAUGACCACAAUUGUACACUACGGGAUCGCAAACAAGUUCCGUGUACGGUUGUGAAUUCGUGUAUGAAGUACAACGGUAUUAACGUUCCACCAACGCUGGAUAUUGAGGUGUCGUGGGUAUUGGACUCCAAAAAGUCUCGCAACCCUCGCAUGUUCUUCCUGAACGAGGAAGGCCGCAACAUUCGCAACCAAUCCAUACGGCUAUAUCGUGGUAAGCUGGAGUGUAAGAGCGAACGGGUCUACAUCGCAGAAAAUAUCCGAGACAAAAUCACUCCGCUAGAGGUUGAGAUGAAGUACAACCUGCGGCAGAGUAACUACAGUCAACAACGGCGUCGACGAGCCACAGUCGAACCUGUAUUGGAUCAAAAUCGGGGAACUGUUCAAAAGGAUUCAAUAAACAUCCAGAAAAAUUGCGGACCGGACAAUGUUUGCAUCCCGGAUCUUCGGCUACAGGUGAAUAUGGUGGACGAGUAUCUGCUAGGUUCUGGAAAGCUUCUUGGGGUUGAAAUUUUGAUUUCCAACUUUGGUGAGGAUGCAUUCGAAGCUGGUUUCUAUAUGACGAUUCCUCCAGAGUUGAAUUUUAGACGUGUGGAAAAGGUGGGCGAAAUUAAGGACACUCCAAUUUUGUGCACGACUCCACCGGGAGCAACUAACGGUACGCUUAAGUGUGACAUUGGUAAUCCUUUGUCCAGUGGCAAGGUUGUCAACUUCAAAGUUCUACUAUCGCCGUCUAUCAAAGUCGGAAUGGCACCUAGCUAUGACUUUUAUAUGGAAGCCAACUCCACCAACUCCGAACAGGAGGGCUCCCAGCUGGACAAUAUUUUCGAGAAGAGCGUCGGUAUCGCCAUUAAGACUGACCUUUCAAUAUCCGGAGUUUCUCUGCCGGAAGACUUCCUGUACAACUACACGGAAUACCGAUCUGUUGAAGAAGCCGAAACGGAACACCAUCUAGGUCCACAGGUCGUGCAUAUCUACGAAAUUCGUAACGAAGGACCAUCAACUAUCGACGAAGCUGAAUUCUUCGUUAUGUGGCCAUACGAAACAAAUGAUGGUGAUCCACUAAUGUAUUUACUUGUACAACCGGAAACAAGCGGCAAUAUCAAAUGUCAACCAAGCAGCUACAUCAACCCUCGUGACCUAGCAAUCGAGAAUCCACGGAAAAGCUAUCUGGAGAAAGUGGGAGCUUCGGGAGGCAGUCACGAAUCUUCCUCCAGAACAGAGUUUCGCUCAUCCGGGACGGGUGGAACCUCAACAGGAUACACUCGCGAAACAACAGUAGGUGGAUCAAGCAUAACAAGCUUUGGUUCAAGUUCUGGUUCCGGCACAGGAUAUAAUGCAGGUUCUAGUUCAUCAUCUGGUUCCAGUGCAUCAUCAGGAUCUAGUUCAUCGUCAAGUUCUAGAUCAUCAUCAGGUUCUAGUUUAUCAUCAGGUUCUAGUUCAACAUCAGGUUCUAGUGCAACAUCAGGCUCUAGUGCAACAUCAGGUUCUAGCUCAUCAUCGGGUUUCCGCACCACCGGUGGAACAUCGCAAGGGCAUCGACAGACAGAUCUGACCGAUUUCGAAAAAAGUCGGUUGGACGAUGAAGAAAAUCAGGAGUCUACCGGUGACGCUUCCUAUGUACACCGGCAGCGAGCGGAAAGUGCUGCCUCCCAUGCGCACUCGCAAUUUGCAGCCAACGAUCAGCGCUUUGGAUCCGCAUCCGCCGCAGCAGACCGUGGAAGUGGAGUAUCGCGCGAGUAUUCUCACACCAGCAGUUGGAAUUCAUCUAGCAUAAAUGGUGGACCAGCAGUGACAUAUAGUGCCAGCCGCAAUCGGACUGUGUACCGGGGCGAAGAUGGACGGGUGCAAGUUAGUGAAAGUAGUACGGAACACUACGGUAAAUCGGUGGCUGCAUUCGCCGGUGUCGGAGCAAAUGUCGAUGGUCAAGUGCUGCACAAGGAAGACUUCAGCGAUAUCUAUCGACAAGAUGAGAGAAAUAGAAUUGCUGCAACUGAUGAGACUAGAUCGUAUCGGAUCAGUUCUGGUGGUUACCGACAGGGUACUAACUCCGACGCAUCUCGUUCCGGAUCUUCUUCAUUCUCAACUAACGCUGCUUUGGCUGGCCAAAGCGGUACAUCAGCAUCUAGACAAGACAGCGGAGUCUACAAAAGCGAUUCUUCGCGCACCGAAGAUGUCAGCCAGGACAUUUCGCAACUCAGCUCGCGAACUCAUGCUGCCGUUCAGGGAAGUGCUACUGCUGGAGAAUCUAGUGUAACUACGGGCCGGCGUCGGAUGCAAAGUCAACAGGAUGGUGAACAAUCACGGCCUGAUUUGAUAACCGGAGUGUCGACAAUCGAGCGGCUAGCGCAGGGUCGUGGAGGAUUCCAGACUGCAACCUUAGAUUUGGGAACUCUCAAUCGACAGAAUGUUGAUGAAGAGGUUAGACGAAGUGGUAGUGGCCGAGUCGCUAGCGAAAGUAGUUCCUCUUAUGGGUCACGUGGAUCAUCGCAUAGUGGACAUGUUUCGGGUCAAGAGGAACGGCAGCAGGGUGAGUCGCAAUCUUCGUCCUCGUCGUCGUCGUCAUCGAGCAGAACGCAUUCAAGCUCGUCGCAUACUGCUAGUACGUCGAGCACUGAUCAUCGAGAUGGAAGUCAAAGUGGUUACUCACAGCACCAGCAAAGUGCCGCUUAUGGUGGAAUUCUCAAUGAGGAAGAUGGGGAUGAUUAUGUCGAUGAAUACGAAGAAGGAGAUGUUGGCUAUGAUGAUCAACACGAUACUCGAGGAGGUUACGGAUCAACUUAUCACAACUCACGAGCUCAUCCUAAUCUGGGACACGAUAGCAUAGAUCAACGAUUCAAGUAUUAUAAACACUUCGACCGUCGCCAGCGGCGUCAGGUUGUCAACGUGGAAGACGAGAACGAUCGUAUACUCAACGAAGCACUUCAAUGUGGAGCGACCCGGUGUGCUAUCAUUCACUGUAUGGCUGGUCCCAUCGGGGACAAGGAUAUAGCCUUCAUUGGACUGCGGACACGAAUCGUUACGCACACGUUACACAAAAUUUCAGCCGGGGCGACGAUCAACUUUUCGACGAUGACGGUUGCCCGGGUAACCCGGCUGCCGUACAUUGGCCGACCGAAGGAGAUGCCACUGAAGACGCACGAAAUUCAGAUGACGGCAACGCCAGAACCAAUCCCCAAGCCGGACGAGGUGCCUCUCUGGAUAAUAGUGCUGGCUGCCUGUGCCGGUACGAUUAUUCUGCUGCUGCUCAUCUAUCUGCUGUCUAAGUGCGGUUUCUUCAAACGAAAUCGACCGACUGACACCCAGGAGCGACAGCCUCUGAAUCGCAACGGCAAUUAUCACGGUGAUGAACACUUGUAAAAUAAACCGUGCAGGUUAGUAACAAUCGAAAACGAAAAUCUCAGCUUUUUGGAAGUAAGUGAAAACAAAAACGCUUAAAAUUGACAAAAUGGCGAACCGCCUGAGAAGAACUUUAUAUAAGUACUGUAGAACAGUAGUUUUGAUGAGAUUUUUCUUCCUGGCCGACUUCGAUUGGAAAUGUCUCUUGUUUCGAAUGCCAAGAAAACAGUGCACAGUUUACAAACAAAUACCGAAAUCGAAUUGUAUUUUAUUUUUUGUACAACUAAAGAAUAAUUUAUUGACUUUCUCGAAUAGAUCUAUAAUCUCAAUUUGGAAAACGACUAAAAGAGUAAAAAGCAUGAUUUGGGAAAGAGGUACAAUGAGGAGGGUGACAAUCGAUGUCCAAUAACUGAUACCCAGACAGGGUUGAAAAAACAUCAUCAAUUUGGCAAUGAAAAUACUCAAAUUUGCGUUCGUCAACACAACACCUGUCUCAAACAGACAGUGGAAAGCCUAUCUCCAGUCAUGGACUUGUUCUAAUUUAUCGUUGUGCAGCAGGCCAUUAACUGUAGGAAGCGUCGAGUUUUAGCUGUAAACAUGAACUAACUAGUCAAUUUAAUUGAAUCUGACCCCACCCGUGAAAAUUUGAUUUUUUGAGACUCCUAUUUCUAAAGUCUAACGAGGAAGUGCCCUCUUUAAUAGUGCAAUUAAAAUGACAAAAUCUCCUAAUCAAACACAAUUUGGGCAAUACACGGUUUGAUAGGGAAAUGGAACGCUCAUUUGAGUGAGAAAUGUAAAAAUACUAAUAUAUACGAACAAAACUAAAUACUACCUAUUUUGAUACAGUUGGUAGGCCAAAACACGGAUGCCUUGUAGUUAUUUAUUGUUAGAAAAAAAUACUGAUUCAUAGAUAGUAGUAAAACGAAAAAGUUUAGGUUCUCAAGUGCCUUUGUAAACUUAAUAGAGUUGAAGAAUGUUGAAGAAUUUUGGUGCCAUUUGAUCGAAUGUGAGAAACGAACGAAAAAAUAAAAUUGAGAGCUGUUGAUUCAUAUUUAUUUUUUUGGAAAAAUUUUAGUGUCAAAAUUUUAUCAGUUGUGCCAAGAAUGACUGAACUCUGAUUUACCGAUUAAGUAAGCCGUUUUAAUAACCGUUCAGUGUACAAUAAUUUCCGUGUAAAAAUCUUAUUUUUAGUGGCUUAACAAUACUUUUAGCUCUACGGCGCUAUACCGAACGAUAAUUAUUUAAACUUUGCUCUGUAGUUUGUGCUAUUUAACCGAAGAUGAUCUUCACGUUGACUGUAAAUACUUUUUGUAGAAGUUGAUGAAAUGCUCCUGAAGGGUGCGAAGAAAAAUAAAAAAGUAACUCUAUAA